AUGAAUUCCAUGGCAGCCACGGCGCCCCUGAGGGUGGCCAUCCCGAAGGCAAGCCUUCGCUUCACCAUGCGAAGCAACCCGAGUGUCAUUAUCAUGACCGGCCUCCGGUGUGGCAGCUCGACCCUGGGCAACAACUAUCACCAGCACACGUACAACAAGCGGUUCAUCUCAACGACACAGAAACAGGACAAGAUCAAGGAGUUCUUCCCGCCACCGAAGGCUCCUCACGUCAAAGAAGUGGAGACCGCCUGGGUCCAUCCAGUUUACUCGGAAGCGCAGAUGAACCAAGUCGCGGUUGCGCAUCGCGACGCGAAAGAUUGGGCCGAUUGGGUCGCACUCGGUACCGUGCGCGUGCUGCGCUGGGGCAUGGACUUCGUGACGGGCUACCGCCAUCCGCCCGCGGGCAAGGAACAUGAGGCCAGAUUCCAGAUGACCGAGCAAGCGUGGUUAAGACGGUUUGUCUUCCUGGAGAGUGUGGCUGGUGUGCCCGGUAUGGUUGGCGGCAUGUUACGACACCUGCGAAGCUUGCGGCGCAUGAAGAGAGAUAAUGGAUGGAUUGAAACCCUGUUGGAGGAGGCAUACAACGAGCGGAUGCACCUCUUGACCUUCCUUAAGCUCGCGGAGCCGGGCUGGUUCAUGCGGCUCAUGGUGCUCGGCGCCCAGGGAGUCUUCUUCAACGGCUUCUUCCUGUCCUACCUCAUGUCGCCGCGCAUCUGCCACCGAUUCGUGGGGUAUCUUGAGGAGGAGGCCGUGAUCACGUACACCCGCGCGAUCCAAGACAUCGAGAGCGGCAAGCUGCCCCACUGGGAGAAAUUAGAGGCGCCCGAGAUUGCGGUGCAGUACUGGAAGAUGCCGGAGGGACAGCGAACGAUGCGGGACCUGUUGCUCUAUGUGCGCGCCGACGAAGCCAAGCACCGCGAGGUGAACCACACCCUAGGCAACCUCGACCACGCGACAGACCCGAAUCCGUACGCAGCCAAGUACAAGGAUCCAUUCAAGCCCCAUCCGAACAAGGGCAUUGAUAAUCUGAAGGCCACUGGUUGGGAGCGGGAGGAAGUGAUCUAAAAGGCCUCGGGCCUGCAUCCGCUUUCACAUCUGGUGUCACGCCGGCUGGACCGGGGCAUUCGUCACAACGGGCUAAUCAUUCCCUGGAGGAAUCUUGUUUCAUGUAUAGAUGGGUGG